AUGGGGCGCUACAGCGGAAAAACAUGUCGCUUAAUUUUCAUGCUUGUCAUCAGUGUCAUAUUCUUCGUGGCUGAGAUCGUCGCUGGGUUCAUGGGGAACUCUAUAGCACUUGUAUCAGACUCCUUCAACAUGCUAUCGGACGUUCUGUCUUUAUGCGUGGGCUUGACGGCCUCAUGGGUGUCGCGUCGUGCCGGAUCAGGGCGCUCCACAUACGGUUGGGUCCGGGCUGAGGUGGUUGGUGCUCUGGCCAACGCCGUCUUCUUGGCCGCCCUGUGCUUUUUUGUUUCGGUGGAGGCGAUUAAACGACUUGCCCGGCCAGAGGCCAUUGACGAUCCUAAACUGGUUCUCGUGGUCGGCGCCCUAGGGCUCUCUGUUAACACUGUUGGGCUGUUAAUUUUCCAGGACUGCCGUAGUUGUUGGUGCUUGGGCUCCCGGAUGAAGAGAGCCCAUGAAUCAACCAAAUCAGACGGGGGAUGUGAGAUGAACGGCGAGGCAGGUGCGGUCAGUGAGCCACCACAGAAAGAGGGGCAGCCCUUCAAUAUCAGAGGUGUGCUACUUCACAUUCUAAAUGAUGCGCUGAGCUCCAUGGUGGUGGUGGUGACCUCGGCCCUGUUCUACGUAUGGCCCCUGGACCCUGGGGCCAAGUGUAACUGGCAGUGCUACGUGGACCCCAGCCUCACUCUCAUCAUGGUGGUCAUCAUCAUGUCCUCUGCUGCCCCGCUGCUUAAGGAGACAACCACCAUGCUGCUGCAGAUGUGCCCGGCUGACCUGCCUCUGGCUGCGCUCGUGGAUGAAGUGUGCCUACUUCCUGGAGUGCUGGGGGUUCAUGAUGUCCACGUGUGGGAAUUAUGCAAGGGCCGGCUUGUGGCCACCCUCCACGUGCACUGUUCUCCUGAACUCCAGGGCGGCGGCGCCGCCUUUACCUCCCUCUCCCGUCAGAUGCGCCAAAUCUUCCACCGGGCUGGGGUGCACAGCCUCACCCUCCAGCCCGAGUUUGGUGAGCCCCAGCCGGGGAAGGGCGUCUGCGCAGCCACUUGUCUGGAACCCUCCUGCCAGAAGCUGUCCUGCUGCCCGCACGCCACCCGACAACAGACUGCCGUGAGCCAGAACAAUGGGCACCCUCUGCUGCCCCUCACAGAGGUGUCCGUGGACAGGCCUGACAGCACCAGCACCUUGCUGAGGGAACGGGCAGGAGCGAGCAAGACCGUCCAAAGCACAGAGUUUUAGAGCUACUCCAUCGCUGAGGGUAGAAGAUGCUGCUCCAGAGUUGACACACGCUUCAUUCCUACUGUAGUGAGACUGAGGAGUACUGAACAACUGGCUCUUUCUUUUGAAAGAUGUCCAUGGACUGAGGAUCAAAAGGACCAUAUGCCUGUAGGACAAUCUGUACAUUUGAAUAGUUCAAAUGGCCAAUGUGUAUGUUUGGACCAAAUAUGUACUGUACAAAUGUGCCUUCCCUUUCUCAACUGUCUGCCA